AUGAAUAAUGAAUCUAACGUAUACAUUCGCAAAAGCAAAAAUAUUAAGCAGCAAGCAGUUCCGAGAAAUUCUGAUGAAAUAGACAUGGGUAAUAGUCGAAGAGCCAAUGAAAAAGAAAACAGUUCUCGCUUGUACUAAAAUAUUGGUGGUAGUUUGAUGAAUAACAUAGGACUUGAUUAAAUUAAGAUUGGGAAUACCUCUUAGUAUUACAGUGCAGGAGGAACACAAACAAAUUUACCUUCUCAUAUGGGUUUAUCUUAAAACAGUGGGAUUUCAAAUCAAACAACUAAUAGCUAAGGAUCAAAUAGCACUUAAAAUGUGAUACUUACUGUUACUAGAAUUGUUCCAUAUUAAUAACACCCUUCCUAAACAUAACAAUUGUAAUAAUAAAUACUUAAUCAUUAACAAUAACAAUAGUUAAUGAGCUCACUUUAGAAUAAUAUGCUGUAAUCUUCAUAGUUUUAAUAAUAGUCAGGGAAUCAAAAUAUAUACUACCAAAACUAUCAACAAAGUAAUUCUUAGAAGGGCUAAAUGAAUUCCCCCACAAGAAGAUUUGUUCAAAAUCAAAAACCUUUACAAAAUGGAUAAUCAAAAAAAACACAAUCGAUAGGAAAUAUACAAUAAUAGUAAUAAUAAGUAACAAAUGCAAGUAUAGAAAAAACUAACGAGACAGAUGAUGUUAAUUCACCCGGAGGCCCAAGAUAGAUCUCAAUACAUUAUUUAAAUGGAUAAAGCUCUUUCUAAGGUUAAGUGUAAUAAAAUAAUUUAUCAGGUUAGAGUAUGGGAGUCCAUUACAAUGCACAAAAAAAGAGCAUGAAUCAUAUAGAAAUGGAGGAAUCGGGAGGUUAAGGUGCUGAUUAAUCUGGUAAUUGUUCAGGAUUGGAUAAGUCACCUAAAUUUAAACCAUAAACAAAGUUUCCACCAAUAACAAAGGGCUCAAGUGCACAAAGUAGCUAAAAUACAAGCAAUUACAAAUUAUAAAAAAUAAAAAUGUAAGAUAAAGAAGUUCGAAAAAAUAUUGUAGCUCUUGAUUCUAUUUCUAGAAUGGAUUAGUUUACAGGUUUAAAUUAAGUUGGCGGUGUCUUAGGAAAUAAUACAUUUAAAAUUCUAAAAUAAGGUUAGCAAUAAGGAAGCUAUUACAAUUAGUUCAAUAAAGCCAUUUAGGAGAGCAAUGGAAUAUUAGCUGUGGGAAACUCUUUGAAUCAGCUUGAUAUGGAUAUAAAAGGUAUAAUACCUUAAGAGAAUCCUCAUUAUUAUCCAUCUUAUAAAGUAAAAAGAGCUAAUCCUAAUUAAAAGCACUCAAAAGAUUUCCAUACAAAUAAAGAUACAAAAGAAAAUGGAGAUAACUUAUAUUUAGAAGUGGUAAAUUCUAAAUAAAUGAACGAAGUCAAUCACAACUUUAUUUCUUCUUAGCAAGAAUUCAAUUAGAACUACCCUUCUACUGCAGGCUAAGGGGAAGGAAGAGAAAAUAAAUUUAUCGAAAAUUACUCAGCUGGAUAAGAAGAUGCAAAUAGUAAUGAUAUAAAUAGAUCUUCUAGCACUCCUAUGCUAUUGAAGAAAGAAGCUACUAAGCGUCUUGAAAAGAUAAAACAUCAUAAUACAAUAGAAGGUAAUGGGAAUGAAAACGAAUAGUAAAACAACCGCUAUGAAAAAAUUACAUCUCAAAAGAUCAAUGCAGUUUUAGGAAGUAAUUCAUCUAAGCAUGUUGUCACUAUUCAAAAGAAAGAAAAAUCAAAACUAAAUUUAAAUAGAUUUGAAGAUUCUGAUAGAGAAAGUGAUCAUCCCUAACUGAAUCCACUCACUCAGAAGAAGUAUUCUCAUAAUGGGCAAUCAGUGAAUGCAAAAAAGCCUAUAUCUGGAGCCAUUUAAGCAAAUACAAGUCUUAAACCUAUUAAAAUUUUAAAAAAAUAGUAAGAAGGCGAACUUUCAGAAAAUUAAAAUGCUGAAACUGUAAGCAUCCGCUCAUCUAACAUUGAUUUACAGUAAACUCCCCAAUAAAGCGUAAAAGAAAGUGGUAAGAAAGCUCCAAAAGAAGAACAAAUUUCUUCAUCGAAUAAUACAAAUUAAGAAGAAGAUUAUUAAGGAGAUGAUGAAGACUUUAAAGGAUCUUCAAAUCUUAGUAAUCAAGCCAAACAAAACUACUAAAAUAAUAAAGGAACAGAUUUUUUCAAGAUUAACCCCAAAGAAAAUCAACUAAAUUAAAACGAGAGAGCCAGCAGCAAUAUUAAAGGAGCUAUAAUAACAAACGAUCAAUCAUCAUUUGAAAAAACUCCAUAAAUGAGAAAAAAAACAUACUAACAAAAAUAAGCUAUGAAUUUGGGAAAUAACUAGAUUAAAUAAAAUGGCGAAUUAGACAAUAUUCUAAAUGAUAGCAUUCAAAAAGCUCCUUUGAAUAUAAAGACAACAAAAGAAAAAGAAGCCAAGCUAUCUGAAUAAACUAUUUAAAAUAAUGCUGACAUAAACGCCUCAAAUAAAAAAAAAUAGAAAAAGAAAAAGAAAAGAAACACAUUAGUUGGACCUCAAGGUGGCUAAAAUAAUGGUUUAUCCUCAUUAAACUAAGGUUAAAUGAAGAAUGGCUAAUUAGUAGGAAAAUAUGAUAACCUUCCUAAAGAAGUGUAAAGGAUAAACUAAUAUUAAGAUUUCAUAAGAGCAGUUAAUUUCUCUAACAAUAUUGAUGUUAUUCCAAUUUAAAAGCCUUGCUUUAAGAUGUAUGUUGGCAAAGGUAAUAAUUCUUACUUAAUCAAAUCAAGCGUUAAAUAGAGAUGGUGGCUUCAGUUAGAAACAAACAAAGAUAAAGUUGAUCAAUGCCACAUAGUGUGGACAUAGCUAAGAUUUAAUGAAUUUCUUAAUAACCUCAAAGCUUUUACUGGACCCAGGAUCACAACAGACAAUUAAAUCCUUGGUUCUGAAUAAAAGAUUAAUAUAAAAACUAACGACUCAUUUGCAGAUACAAACAAUAACAACGAUGCUUCUACGAACUUUGAAAACUCCCCACUCCUAGACCACAAAAUGAAUUCAUCAAUAAAUAAAGAUUUAGACUCAUAAAGCCAAUUAUAAGGAGACUUAGGGAAUGCAAUUGAUUCAAGUGAUUCAGAAACUGAAAAAUUAAGAUCUUUAACAUCUCGUCCCACAGUUAAAAAAUCUAACUCUUUAAAUAAUUCCCUCUCUAGUUUAAAAGCAGAGUUAAAGAAAGGCUCUCCUAACCCAGGAACAGCAAAUUCAUAACCAUAAAAUAAAGAAACACGUUCUCUCACACCAAGCACUAGAGGAAAUGCCCCAUAGAAUUAAUUGAAAGUGUAAGCAACCUAUAAUGUAAAUGCUAAGCGUUUAUUCCAUCCUAAUGACUUUAAAAAAAUUAUGGAGAUUCAACCUAACAAAGACUACGAUUUAAGAUAUUUCUUUUCCUAAUCUCUGCCUGAUUAAUUUUAACAAUUCCAAAAAGAAUUCGACACUUUUUAAGAUCCUAACUCAUUAAAAAUGCAUAAUCACUUGGAAAAUAAUUGGAAUCUCUCAAAUAAAAAAGCUCUCUUUUAUAAUUUAAGAAACUAUUACACAACAAUAAAACAGAACCCAUUCGAAAACAUACCAUUAACUUUUCAUAUUAAAGAUGGAAUUAAUGAUCCUGAAUACACCAAAUUUUUAGAACACUGGAAACAAAAAGAAGAUGAAUGCAACUAAAAAGAAAAGUUGAGAUUAGAAUACAAGUAUUCUUCAGAUAAAGCAAAGCAAUCAAUAGGAAGUAAUAUGAAGAAACCCAGAAAUAUUUGGAUUAUAAAACCAGGUGAAAUUACAAACAGAGGAACAGGUAUUACAGUUCUCAAUGAAAUAGAUUAAAUCACUUAACUUUUAGCUAAAAAUGAUUUACACCCAAACGGUAAGCCAAAAACCUACAUAGUUUAAAAAUAUUUAGACAAUCCACUACUUUAUAAUAAGCGUAAAUUUGACAUUAGAUGCUAUCUGCUUGUUACUGUUAUAAAAGGAAGGAUGAAGGCAUACUGGUAUUAAGAUGGGUAUAUUAGAACUAGUUGUAAGGAGUAUAAUUGCAAAAGCUUAACUAAUAAAAUGAUUCAUUUAACAAAUGACGCUGUGCAAAAAAAGUGCGAAGAUUAUGGAAAAUAUGAACCUGGAAAUAAACUUUCUUAUAAUGAUCUUUAAAGGUAUCUUGACUAGAAUCACACAGAAUAAAAAAUAAAUUUCUAAACUGUUAUUUAUCCUAGAAUGAGAUAAUUAGCUCUUGAUUGUAUUAAAUCAACUUUCCUUAAGAUGGAUCCACAGAGAAGGGAAAUCACCUUUGAAGUUUUUGGUUUAGAUUACAUGAUUGAUGAAGAAUUUAAAACGUGGCUUAUUGAAGUAAAUACUAACCCAUGCCUUGAGCUCUCUUCACCUCUUCUAGCACGUAUUAUUCCAGCUAUGAUAGAAAAUGCUUUUAGAAUCGCAAUUGAUCCCAUUUUUGGAUUUCCUCCAAUUAAUGACUGGUCAGCAUCUGCUAAAAAAACAUUCAUUCCUGAUUCAAUAAUGGAAAACAAUAAAUUUGAAUUGAUAUUUGACGAAGCAUUUGAUGGUCCAUCUUUACAAGCUCUUUUCGCUCAAUAUAAUGAAUAAUAAUAGGAUAUAAUUAUAGAAGAAGAAGAGGAGGAAGAGGAAGAAAUUGAAGAUGAAUAAUGA